AUGUCAACAAUUUCUGCAAACCCAUAUCCAUGCAGUUAUGUCCUUGUGGCUGCCAGUCUUGCGCAAGUCUUUCUCAAUGCUGUGUUGCGUAAUAUAGUCACAGGGAGACAAAUGCAGCUGGCUGCUGUGGGUGCACUGAACACUUUUAUUGUUGCUGUAUAUGAGCAUGCUGUUAUAUUGCCAAACAAAACAGAAACACCUGUCUCGGUGGAAAAGGCUUUGUUCCUGAUGAACAAGAACAUAGACAUUUUGGAGAAAGCAAUAAAGCUGGCAGCCAAACAGGGUGAACAUAUCAUUGUGACCCCAGAAGAUGGAAUCUAUGGUUGGAUCUUUACCAGGGAGACCAUUUACCCCUACCUGGAGGAUAUACCAGAUCCUGAAGUGAACUGGGUUCCCUGUAGAGAUCCCAAGAGGUUUGGCUACACACCAGAGCAGGAGAGACUCAGCUACCUUGCCAAGGAUAACUCUAUCUAUAUUGUCCCAAGUAUUGGGGACAAGAAGUGAUGUAAUUCUACUGACCCUCAAUGUCCUCUGGAUGAACAUUAUCAAUACAACACCAAUGUGGUAUUUGAUUCUGAGGGUAGGCUAGCAGCCCGUUACCAUAAGUACAAUCUUUUUGCCCCAGAGAUUCAGUUUGAUUUCCCCAAAGAUUCAGUGCUGGUGACUUUUGACACUCCCUUUGGGAGGUUUGGCAUCUUCACUUGCUUUGACAUUUUUUCUUACGACCCAGCUGUGGCGGUUGUGAAGGACUUUCAAGUUGACAGUGUUGUCUACCCUACGGCAUGUUACAACACUUUGCCCCUCCUUUCAGCUGUCCCAUUCCAUUCAGCAUUGUCCAGGGCCAUGGGAGUCAACCUGCUGGCAGCAAACACCCACAACACCAGAGCGCACAUGACAGGGAGUGGGAUCUAUAGCCCGGAAGCCAUCGGUGUGUACCACUAUGACAAGGAGACAGAGAGUGGCCAGCUGCUCUUAUCAGAAUUGAAGUCUCAGCCAUUGGCCCAGCUCUGCAGGGGUGCAGAGGUUGACUGGGAUGCUCACGCCAGAAGUAUCAAACCAUUCUCAUCAGAGCAGGCAGACUUCCCAGGGAUGAUUUAUUUUGAUGAAUUCAGCUUCACACCGCUUUUGGGGAGUACUGGAAAUUACACAGUUUGCCAAAAAACCCUGUGUUGUCACCUGACGUACAAGAUGUCAGAGAAGUGACUGGAUGAGGCCCAUGUCCUGGGUGCCUUUGAUGGACUGCAUACAGUAGAAGGACAAUAUUAUUUACAGGGUAGAACACUUGAAUAUAUAUGCACAUUGCUGAAGUGUCAAAGCACCAACUUGAGAACUUGUGGGGAACCUGUGGGGUCAGCUUUUACCAAGUUUGAAGAAUUCUCUCUCUGUGGCACCUUUGGGACGAACUACGUUUUCCCUCAGAUGGGCCUAAGUGGGAGUCAGCUUGCCCCGGAAAGAUAUUAUGAAGUUAUAAGAGAUGGACGUCUCAGGAGCCGAGGUGGAGCCCCUUUGCCUGUCCUGGUGAUGGCCCUAUAUGGAAGAGUGUUUGAGAAGGACCCUCCAUGCUUAGGGCAGGGACCUGGGAAGAUACAACGAACCCCUUCAUUGGGGACUGUCAGGAUUAGCCUGGCAAAGAGGGGGGCAUAA